UCUCCACUGUGCCUCCGACAUCAGGGAGGAAAAGACAAACUUUUUAUUCGCCCUUUUUGAAAUUUGCAACAACUUGAUGCAACUGAAUUGUCUAGUAUACAAGAUCAGAGAUGUCUAGGUACCACAAGGCGGCGAUUGACGGCUACCUGGACCUGCUGAAGGAAGCCACAAGGAGGGACCUGAACAUUCCGGAUGAGGAUGGAAUGACACCCACCUUAUGGGCCGCUUUCCACGGACAUGUCGAUGCUCUACAGCUCAUAUGCAGCAGAGGAGGGGACCCCAACAUGAGUGACAUCUGGGGGAACACACCAUUGCACCAUGCUGCCAGUAAUGGACACAUGCACAUCCUCAGCUUUUUGGUCAACUUUGGUGCCAACCUUUUUGCUUUGGACAAUGAAUUCCACACAGCAAUGGAUGUUGCCGCUUCUCGUGGCCGCAUGGACUGUGUGCGCUUCCUAGAUGCCGCUGUGUCACAGCAAACCUCCCGCAAUCCAAAGAAGGUUGCCACUCUCAAGAAGGAGGCCAGCAAGGAUGCAGAGAAACGUGUGAAACUCUGCGAGAAGGUCAAGAAGAAGCACCAGAGCAAGAUGGAGAAGAUGUACCUGGGAGCAAAAGAGAAUGUGUCUGUUUCAGAGGCCAGUGCACCAUCAUCAGUCUCAAACGUUGGCACAAUGAGUAGCGUCAAUGAGCAGUUCUCUAAGCUCAUUGCCUCUGACAAAUCUGGCUCACUCACAGCCAGGGUCAAGGGCACACUUCAGAAGAAGUUUGGCAAGAAAGAUAAAGGAACAUUGCAGACAGCAGGAGGGGAUAGCAACGUAAUCUUCAGAAAACAGGAGAAUGGAAUGUCAGAGAAGCCAGAGUUUCUGGAUGUCUUCAAUGAACAGGAUGAGAAUGGGUUAGAUGAGAGUGGAAUGGCAGACUUCAGCGAUAAUGAUGAUGAUGAACCUGGCCAAACCACACAAUCCAUCUUCAACCGGCCUGGUCUUGGGGGUCUGAUCUUCAUGAAGAAGAUGGGACUGGAGUCAGAUGACAUCCCUACAGGGACCAAUGAAAAUCUAGGCUACCUUUUUCAGAAUGAGAUGGUUGUGGAAGAAGGUGAAGUUGGCUUUGACCAGGAUGGUGAUUCUGAGCUGCCUUGGAACCAGGACGAACUGGGAUUAGAUGAUGAUGAUGAUGACGAUGAAGAAACCUCUCCAUUAGAUGCCUUCUUGUCUGCAAUCUCCUUACCAGAAUUUGCCCUGGCAUUCAGACGGGAGCAUCUGGAUCUUGAAGCCCUCAUGCUUUGCUCUGAUGAAGACCUGAAAGGCAUUCGCAUCCAGCUUGGACCCAGAAAGAAGAUCCUGGAAGCUGCUGCCCGCAGAAAGAAUGCACUGGAGAAUCCUGGCAUCAUGAAGGACAGCUGCUUGUGACCAUAAAACACAGUAUCAGUGAUUAGUGAUGCUGCUGGAAACUUAAGAUGAGCUGCUAUCCUUUGGAACGAAAAUUAAGAGUUUGAUUUUUGACAAAAAACAAAUAUGAUGCAGCAAACAAUUUUUACCCUCCAAAAGGAGCUUAGAUGUUUUAAAGUCCCUCUCCAGCCAUUUACCACGCCUCCUAAAAAGAAUCUCUGAUCAUCAACAUAUUUAAGUUUUUCAAAAUCCAUUACUACCUUAAAACUGCUUACAUAUGACUCAAAAUCUUGUCCUUAUUAAAAAUGCCCAAAUCUAUGAAUAUGAAAAUAGUCUUCACCCACCUCCCCUGCUUGCUCGUACACCUGUAUGUAACCAGAGCUCUGUUCACAGAACAAGGAAGCAUCAUUUGCGACAGUCACGAAAAACA